AUGGAAGCGUUCGCCAUUGCAAGCACUGCGACGUCACGCCCAGUGACUUCUCCGUUCGAGGCACUUUCCGUGGGUACGCGUGCUGCUGCGCCCUUGCAUAACCGUGCAAGUCAAGCAGCCGCGGCUGGUGUGUUCGCCGCAGGUGCUGCCGCAGUGGCCUCGGCCGCCUCAGCCCGUCGUUCGAAGAGGGCCCUCCCCCAGCGUAGCCGCAAUCAGCGCGUGGCAGCUGUGGCCAUGCAUGGGACGCCGGUGUGCGCUGGCGUCGUUAUCACAGGCGGAGCUGCUGGCGUUGGCUAUGCCUAUGCAGACGAGUUCUUGGCUCGUGGGCACCAGGUGGUCAUUUGUGACGUGAAGGACUGCUCGUCGGCAGUGGAGUCCUUGAAAGCGAAGCAUGGCGAGAAAGCCAGCAUCUAUUCCACAACCUGUGACGUGUCCAGCAUCGAAAGCAUUAACAAGCUGAUUGAGUUCGUGAAGAAGAGCAUUGGCGUGGUGCAUUAUUGGAUCAACAAUGCCGGCAUCAAUGGCGGGCGGAAGCGGUUUACAGAAAUCACCCCAGAGAUGGUUGAAACUGUGGUGCGUGUGAACUUGGGUGGCAUUGUCCUUUGUACACAUGCCGCUAUGAGAAUGAUGGAGGAACAGAAAGGCGUGGAGAGCCACAUUUUCAACACGGUCGGCAGUGGCGUCAAAGGUGGUGGCACGCCAGGUUACGUGACCUAUGGUGCCACCAAGCGCGGCCUGCCGCAGAUGACAGAGUCCUUGGUCAAGGAGAUCGAGGAAGGAGUGCAAGGGUAUGACAAGGUGGAGACGCCUGGAAAGGUGAACUGCCAUUGUCUCUCGCCGGGUAUGGUCUUCACUGACCUGCUUCUGAACGACUCGACGCCUGAGUUGAGGAAGUUCCCCUUCGGGGUCCUGGCUGCGCAGCCAGAGGAGGUAGCAAAAGAUUUGGUGCCAAAGAUCCUUGGUAUCAGCGGCAACGGCAAGUCUGUUGAGUUCCUCACAGUCGAUAAGAUCCUGACGAAGUUCUUUGGGCGCUUCAUCCUCGGAGAGAAAUCGAAGUACAUCGACGACGACGGCAACGUCAUCCAAAUGCCCGGUGCGCAGUACCAGGACAACGGCGUCCGAGUUCUCUACGAUGGCAUGAAGUAA